AAGAAAUUAAAAAUGACUGACAGCGAUGAAAAUUGUUUACUAACUGAAAAUAAACACAUCGUUAUUGAUGAGUAUAAUGACAAUGUGCCGAGUCCACCAGAAAUAGAAAAUAUUGCAGAUGGUACUAAAAAGGUAUACAAAAAAAGAUACACCAAGUUUAUGGAGUGGCGGAAGAAGGAAAAUAUAUCAUCGUUUUCAGAAAAAGUCUUGCUGGCCUAUUUUCAGUAUAUGAGCACGAAAUAUGCACCUUCGUCGCUAUGGGCUGAGUAUUCUAUGAUCAAAUCGACAUUGAAGCUGUAUGAGAAGACAGAUAUAUCCAGAUAUGGCAAGCUACUACGGUUUCUAAAGCAAAAGUCAGAAGGGUAUAAAGUUAAGAAGUCGAAAACAUUUACGCCUUCGGAAAUUGAGAUGUUUAUCAGGAAAGCACCUGAUGAAGUCUUUCUUAUGGUGAAGGUAGCAGUCAUUUUCGGCGUGCUGGGUGCUUGCAGAAGACAGGAACUGCAAAGACUGCUGUUCAAAGAUGUCAAAGAUUUCAACGAAAUGCUACUUGUCAAUAUAAUGAAAAAUAAAAAACUAGACCGAACUUUUACCAUCACCGGUAAAUACUAUCACAUAGUGAAAAAAUUCAUCGGCACCAGGCCGAAGAAUUGUAAAAAUGAGCGUUUUUUUCUAACGUAUUAUAAAGGGAAGUGCUCGUUCCAAAAUGUGGGGAUCAACCAUUUUGGCAAUAUGGGUAAAAUGGUGGCAACAUACUUGAAGUUGUCCAACCCGGAGCUGUAUACUGGCCACUGCUUCCGGAGAACCUCGGCUACCUUACUUAUUGAUGCAGGAGGCGACAUCGUUGCCUUAAAGAAGCCUGUCAUGAGAGUAGAAUGGACGAGCGUCGUUACAGACUACAUUGACAAUUCCAUUCAAAACAAGACGUCAAGUGACGCGCGCGGCUACAGCCCAAUAUCAACCUUCGUGCAUUCUGAUAAGGUUCACGAUAUGAGGAUACGCCACGCCAACGUUAACUUUUAUUUCCUUUCCGUGUAG